UGCAGUUAAAAUCUGCCAAAAUCUCAUCCACUCAGAUCUCCUUCUUACAGCGACUUGGUUCUCUGCCAAACUUUGGGUAAUAAAUAGAGUCUGCAGGCUCUCCAAACACAGAGCUGCAGCUUUUCGGAGGAGAAAUCAAAACAAGAUUACACGAAGCCUGAAAAAUGAAGACUAAAAUGAAGUAUUCAACCACCAAAAUCUCUCCUGCAAAGAUGAACAGUUCAGCAAGCAAGGCUUUGGUAAAAUCUCCCAAAUUGAGAAAAUCCCAACAGAAAGCUGAAGAAGUUUGCCAGAUGUAUUUUAUGCAGCUGCGCUCUGGCCUUAUCAUAGAAAAGACGGCCUGUUAUUUUAGGAAAGAAAUCACCAAAAGGCAUUCCCCAAGAACAGGUGGAAAGUACAAAGAGCAACGUCUGGUAUUCACUGCUUGUCAUCAGCAGCUAAAGGAAGACUUUGACUGUGAUGUACCUAGGACCCAGAAAUGUUUUAGGGCAACUAAUUUUCCAAGUAUCCAAGAACAUUCUGCUUCCCUGAGCACAUACAAUGAUCAAUCUAUUACUUUCGUUUUUGAGGAUGGAGGUUAUGAGAUCUAUGUAGAAGACUUGAGAAAAGACCAAGAAAAAGAUAAGGUGCUAUUCCGUUAUUAUGAUUCCCAAUCCCCCACUCAUGGAACAGGUGAUGGUGUUGAUGGCCAGACAUUAUUGGUAAACCUGAGCCCUACAAAAGACAAAGACUUUUUGCUGCAUGCCAACAACAAGGAACACUCUGUGGAGCUACAAAAAUGUGAAAACCAAUUGCCAGACCAGGCCUUCUUCCGCCUUCAUAGAAAGUCUUCUAAAUGUGUUUCUUUUGAAUGUAAGAAUAAUCCUGGAGUGUUUAUAGGAGUAAAGGAUAACCACCUUGCUCUAAUUAAAGUAGGGGACCCAACUGAGGAUUCAAAGAGUAUAGAGAAUACCAUAUUUAAGCUCUCUUAAACUUCAUGUGAUUAAAAGCUGUGGAGCCUCGGUUGGGUAAUCCAAAUAACCAGUGCUGGAGAAAUGUUGAGAGAUAAAGAAAGAGCCAGACAAUGUUUAAGAGAAAUGAAGGGUACUUAGUAUGCUAUGGAAUAUUUUUCUUAUUAUUUGUAAAAAUGUGUUUUUAAUAUAUUCUGUCUGUUUUUUACUAACCUUUGUCUCACUACAUAUUCAAACGUGUAUUGUUACAUAGACCUCAGAAAAUAUACAACCUGACUUCUACUUUUUUCUACUUUCAGCCCAGAAAACUUGAUAUUUAGAGCUGAUAUCUUUGGGGAGAAGCAAGGGCCUUAAUCCAAGUUUCAUUUUAGACAGGGAUCCAUUUUAAAAAGCUACAUAGAGACAUAAUUUUCCCUGGUUCCAAACAACAAAUUCAAACCUUAGAGCUUUUGGGAAAAGACAAUCAGAUCUACUUAGAUUGACCAUUUCACAAGUGGAAUAAAACACCAAAUUUGUUUGAAGAUGCCCCAAACCAAGACACCUGCUUGGCUCAGCUGGUUAAGCAGAUGCCUUUGGCUUAAGUCAUGAACCGGGGUUCCUGGGAUCAAGAUCAAGUCCUGCUUCAGACUUCCUGCUCAGCCAGGAGCCUGCUUCUCGCUUUGCCUGCCACUCCCCCUGCUUGUGCACUCACUCUCUCUUGCUCUCUCUCUCCCUCUCUGACAAAUAAAUAAAUAAAUAUAAUCUUUAAAUAAAAUGCCCAAAACUUCAGACACAUUGAUAGGUAGGCAGAUAAUAUGAGAAAAGAGACAGGUAGUUGAAAAAUUAAGAAAAAUAAAUGUAGUAUUUGUAAAGUAAAUAAUUUUACAUCUAAUUAUUUCAUUUAAAAAAUGCUGAUUCUUAUAGAAUAAGGUAAAUUUAGCAGGGCAUUCUUAUAUUACAAAGUAAAAUAAAUUUUAGUUCAGACAUAUAAUUGAAAUCUUUGGGAAUAUCUAACAAACUAAGUACCAUGGUGAGGCCACAAGUCCUUUAAACUACUAGAGCCUAGGUGGGACACAUAAUUAACAUUGCAAUAUCAAUAACUGACUAUUCCUUAUGUUUGUGUUAUACAAUGUCCUUCUGACAUUAUGCUCCAGGGAUCUAUGACCUGAUAUACAUGUCACCCUGGACAAAAUUUCUUCUAAUCCUUUCUUCCCAUGUGUACAGUGUUUUCCUUGUCUAGCUUCCUGAUUAGCGUGCCUACUAUAGAAUGUUUUUAUGACUUUUCUUCUUUCUUUUGACCAACUGUGCUCUUGAUAUACAUUUUGUGAUCCCUGAGCUUUAUUCCAUAUUACCUAACCUCUGGAUGGCAACAUCUUUUUCUACUUUGUCUACCUGGUGUAGAAUUUCACAUAAGCGUAAUGAUGGCAAUAUUUUUUAUUAAACACCUUUGCAUUUUACACUACUAAGGUAGUAAAAUUUAUACUUGACUAUAUAAUAAAAUUUUUCAACCACUAAAGCAAUAUUUUUUGCUUACUUAAGGCUUCAAAUUCUACUAUAACUUUUUCAUAGGUUUAAUACUGACAAUAAAUGCUAAACUAAACAGUACCUAUGAAAUACAACUUUUUCUGAAAGUGUAGGCUUUUAAAUUUCUAAUUUGUUGAGAUCUAUUGGAUAAAAUGCUGGCAGAACAUAAGAUUAAAAAGGCUAAGAAUUACUGUGUGAGGGUAAAAAACUGUAAACAACAAUAUAUCUUUUAUUACAUUGUCAGUUUUAUUAUGGAGACAAAAAUAAAGCAGAAUAUAUAUCAUCUUUUCUGAAAAACACUAAGUGUUAAUCAUAUUCAGCUGUAUGAUAUACUUAAUAUACUUUAAAAUAACCUAUCUAUUACAUUGUUUAAGUUCUUGAAUAAACUGUAUUUUUAAAAAGUGUGUGAGGCCAUAAUGGUUUUAUCAUAAAAUGACUAUUGUGAAAUUUUUAUUUUUAUUUUUUUAAAGAUUUAUUUAUUUAUUUGACUGAGAUCACAAGUAGGCAGAAAGGCGGGCAGAGAGAGAGGAGGAAGCAGGAGGCUCCCCACUGAGCAGAGAGCCCAUAUGGUACUCGAUCCCAGGACCCUGGGAUCAUGACCCGAGCCGAAGGCAGAGGCUUUAACCCACUGAGCCACCCAGGUGCCCCUAUUCUGAAAUUUUUAAGUCAAAAUAAGCAUAGCUUAAUCCACUAAUGUUACUAUCUGGAGUAAGUCAUUUGUCUGGUAAUUCAAAACUAAGUAAGAUAUUCCAGAGAAUAUCUCCCAGAGCCCAUCAUAGGGGCCAGCACAAAGGACCUAUUCAGCAACUUUUACCUGAGAUCAAACAACCAAAAUACACCUGCAAAAGAAAAUUUAACCUGACUUCUGACUCAGCUAAGUAUCUUUCAACCUGAUUAUUUCUGCUGUUCAAUUUUCUUUUCCUAAAAAUACUUUCUACCAUCACUAUGGUGAUUUUUAUUUGAUUAAAAUAUACAAAUGUG